GUUGUUAAGCUUUGUAUUAUUGUAUUGUUACAGAGAUAGGGCGGAUGGAUUUGGAUGGAUGGAUGCGACUGGACUUGCAGAUUCGCAAGUACCGAGGGAACAUGGCACCAGAUAUCCAUCCAUCCUUCCAUCCAGCCUUCUAUCUAUCUAUCUAUCAUUUAUCUACUUUAUCUAUACUAGCUAAACAAGCUAGGCACCAGACCAGACCAAGACCAGACCAUGCCAAAACAUGACAAGACGCGGCGAGAAAUGUCAAUGGCUCGAGGAACAUGCCAGACCCCUGAACACCUGAAUACUAGACACAAGCCACCAACAAACUAGGAACUAAGAGUGUAAAUGCCACACCGUUG